AUGCAUCUCCUGAUCCUCCAGCUGCUGGUGCUGCUGCCUCUGGGGAAAGCUACGUGGCACCCGGAAGGCCGCUCCAGUCAGAGUGCCGCUCCUCUCGUGCCGCUGGAAAGGAAUCGCAGAGGGCUCGCCACAGGCAACCAGGAGGAGGCUGAGAAGCCUGAUCUGUUUGUUGCAGUGCCACACCUGAUAGGUGGCCGGCCAGGGGAAGGCCAGAGACAGAGGCAGAAGAUGCUGUCCAGGUUUGGCAGGCUCUGGAGGAGGCCUGAAGGAGACCUGCACCCGCCCCGGGACGUGGUCAGUGAGCACUUCCCACCCGGGACCCAGGCCCUCCCUCAGCCCAAGGAUGGGACACAAAUGGAGAAAUCUCCUCUUCGGGAAGAAGCCAAGAAAUUCUGGCACCACUUCAUGUUCAAAAUGAGUCCAGCUUCUCAGGGGGUCAUCUUGCCUAUCAAAAGCCAUGAGGUGCAUCAGGAGACCUGUAGGACGGUGCCCUUUGGCCAGACCGUCACCCAUGAAGACUGUGAGGAAGUAGUUGUACAGAACAACCUUUGCUUUGGCAAGUGUGGGUCUGUUCGUUUUCCUGGAGCUGUGCAGCAGCCCCAUACCUUCUGCUCCCACUGCUCACCUGCCAAGUUCACUACGAUGCGUUUGCAGCUGAACUGCACUGGCCUGGCCCCUGUGGCCAAGGUGGUGAUGCUGGUGGAGGAAUGUCAGUGCAAGGUGAAGACGGAGCAUGAACAUGGACACCUCCUACAGGCAGGCUCCCAGGCAGAAUUUCAUGCACAGGAUCCCUUUAUCCCAGUAUUUGCAACUUAAUCAGCUGUCCCCCUGUUAUCUUUGUGAAGCAAAACCACAAUAGCAAAGUUACUGACUCUUCUGUUGGGAAAUGUUUAAUGGGUAGAUAACAUUUUAAGGGAAAGAUGGUUUGAAUAGUAGUACAAUAGAACAAUUUAGAGGAAACAGUGUUCAUCUAGUUAUGAGUGCCCAUUUGGUAUAUAAUCUUGGCUCUGCCACUA